GUUUCUUUCUCUUACCUUAUACCAUCACUCACGACUUUCAGCUCCAUGUUAAAGAACAGCGGAAUUAAUACAGUAUCCAUGCCUGGUCAGAACUACAGCACCAUAUCUGAAUUUAUCCUCUCUGGCUUCUCAGCCUGCCCCCAGCAGCUCCUGCCUAUCUUGUUCCUGCUGUACCUCCUGAUGUUCCUGUUCACAUUGCUUGGCAACCUUCUUAUCAUGGCCACAGUUUGGAUUGAACGCAGACUCCACACACCCAUGUACCUCUUCUUGUGUGCCCUCUCCAUCUCUGAGAUUCUGUUCACUGUUGCCAUCACCCCUCGCAUGCUGGCUGAUCUGCUUUUCACCCAUCGUUCCAUCACCUUUGUGGCUUGUGCCAUUCAGAUGUUCUUCUCCUUCAUGUUUGGCUUCACUCACUCCUUCCUUCUCAUGGUCAUGAGCUAUGAUCGCUACGUGGCCAUCUGCUACCCACUGCGUUACAACAUGCUAAUAAGUCCCCGUGGCUGUGCCCAUCUUGUGGCCUGGACCUGGGCUGGUGGCUCGGUCAUGGGGAUGAUGGUGGCAAUGAUAGUUUUUCACCUCACUUUCUGUGGGUCUAAUGUGAUCCACCAUUUUCUCUGUCAUGUGCUUUCCCUCUUGAAGUUGGCCUGUGGGAACAAGACAUCAUCUGUCAUCAUGGGUGUGAUGCUGGUGUGUGUCACAGCCCUGAUAGGCUGUUUGUUCCUCAUCAUCCUCUCCUAUGUCUUCAUUGUGCCUGCCAUCUUGAGGAUUCCUUCUGCUGAGGGCCGGCACAAGACUUUCUCCACUUGUGUAUCCCACCUCACUGUGGUGGUCAUGCACUAUAGUUUUGCCUCCCUUAUCUACCUCAAACCCAAGGGCCUCCAUUCUAUGUACAGUGAUGCCUUGAUGGCCACCACCUAUACUGUCUUCACCCCCUUCCUCAGCCCAAUCAUUUUCAGUCUAAGGAACAAGGAGCUGAAGAAUGCCAUAAAUAAAAACUUUUGCAGAAGGUUCUGCCCUCUAAGCUCCUAA